AUCCGUGGGCCCUGGAUACUGCACCACUGCAUGGACGCCGCAGGAAUUCACUUCCUGUUUGGUCAGCUCUGCAAACAGACAUCAACAACCAAGAAGACGGCGCACCGCAGCCAGACGUUUGGUACCUACGAGCCUCAUGGCCGAGUUGAGCCCGAUCGCCGCCAGCUUUCUUACCAGCGAGGCUUCGUGGAAGCUGGAGUGAAAACAACAUAUGGUGAGACAUCUGCUUUCCAUGAGCGCAGGAGGAGCGCAGCGUGUCAACAAGAAUUCCGCACAUUCUGGAAUAUCUUCAUCACCACAAGGAAGACAAGGAGCUGUCUGUUAGACUGGGGAGUCCUUUGAAGAGCUGUUCUUUUUACAUCUGUUUAACCAGAUAACCGUGUGUUUGAAGAAUUGCACCCAUGGUGUCCUCCUAGCGGCUUUGAUCACCCAACCGGCCUACCAGACACUCAGACGGGGGCAAGAGUAUGGCAAUGAGUAAAGAGAAUGAUGACCUCCUGGUUCACGGCUAUGGUGGCAUCUCGGCAAACGCUGCCAGUUCCAGCGUCUCCUCCUCUUCCUCCUCUUCCUCCUCCUUCGACAGAAUCGCCCCAGCAGUCGAUGGAGUCUCCAACGCCAGCGACGGAAUCCCCUCCGCCAGCCCCCAACAGCUGUCCGUCCAGGAGGUACAGAGGUCAAAAGUGAGUCAAAAUGGCAGCCUCAAGCAGAAUGGCACACUUAAACUUCCGGCCCUUUCUUCAGACAAUCCGAGGUCUCCCCUGUUAAUGGAACAAGUAUUGCCUCACUGCUGCCACCAUUGUCCAUUCCAUCAUCCUUUCAGUUGUCAUAACAACCAACAAGACUGCCAUUUGGUGGGUGGCAGCAGCCCGGCGACCUCCCCACUGACCCCUUGCUGUGCGCACCAUCACUCCGAGUACCCGGCUGUCAGGCCGAUCCAUUCGCCUGUCCAUCAGACCACCUGCUGCCACCAGCCCCCUGCAUCUUUUUGUUUGCACCAUUGCUGGCAGGACCAUUUUCAGCACCAGGCUAUUCAGGCGCAUAAACCCAGUAAGAGGCCUUCCAGAUCUUUCCGUUUCCCCAAAAGUUAUUCAGAGCUCAUCGCUGACUGGCCAGUCAUCGUUCUUGGAGUCUGCACCGUCUUCAUCAUUGUCUGUGCAUUGGUGGGGGUUUUAGUUCCUGAAUUUCCGGACUUCUCGGAUCCUAUGCUGGGAUUUGAACCAAGAGGAACUGAAAUUAGCCAAAGGCUCACCACGCUGGAUAACAUGAGACGAAGAACUGGAUAUAAAACAACGCUUGCCAAUUAUCCACUUAAAUAUGCUGAAAUGCAAGCUAACAGUCACCGAGAAGAUAAAUGGUCAGAAGAUCACUCAGAAAAAUUCAAAAGGCAGGCGGAGAGACCUUUUCAAAGGGAAGAUUUUCUCUGCCCUCUGAAAUAUUACGAUUACUCUGCAUCCCGAGUGGUGUAUUCUUCUGCAGAAGGAAAGAACUUAUGGAACGUUCAGGCGAUCAAGUCAAUGUGUAGACUGGAUUUUGAAAGGAUCCAAUCUCACCCAGAGUUCUCGAACAUUUGCCUUCGGAAAGUAUCGGAAUCAUGCUGCCCAAGCUGGAUUUUGGGCAACUACAUUGCUCUCUUAAAUAACAAAUCCUCCUGCCAUUACAUUACAGAUCGUGAUGCUUCGGAUACCUUAAAACUCCUGCGAUCUUGUGCCAAAUUUUAUCACAAUGGAACCUUGCAUUCGGAGUGCUGGGAGAAGUCGAGCAGAAGGAAGGAACAGGCAAAAUGUCCAAAUGUGCCUCGGAAAUGUACAAAAUUCAAUGCUGUCUACCAGAUCCUUCACUACCUAGUGGAUAAGGAUUUCCUGAGUCCCGAGACUGCUGACUAUGUGAUGCCAACGUUAAAGUACAGUAUGCUACUUUCCCCAAUGUACGGGGGCUCGAAAGAUGAGAAGAUGAACAUCUACUUGGAUAAUUUUGAGAAAUGGAAUUACUCUGAUGGGAUCACGGCCGUCACUGGGAUAGACUUUGGAAUCAAAUUCAGAUUGUUUGAAUUGUACCUGAUAAAGGAUACCGUGUAUCCAGCCAUUGCAAUCCUCCUUGUUCUUCUCAUCAUUUGCGUUUACACAAAAUCCAUGUUUAUUACCUUCAUGACGAUGCUUGCCGUCAUCAGUUCUUUGAUCGUGUCAUAUUUUCUCUACCGCAUAAUCUUCGCUUUGGAGUUUUUCCCCUUCAUGAAUCUCACAACGUUCAUCAUUCUUGUCGGGAUAGGAGCAGACGAUGCCUUUGUCUUGUGUGACGUUUGGAACUAUGCAAAAGUGGACAAACCCAGUACUGAAAUUUCGCAGACGGUGAGCAUCACAUUGCAGCACGCAGCUCUCUCGAUGUUUGUUACAAGCUUCACAACCGCAGCGGCCUUUUAUGCCAAUUUUGUUAACGAUAUUACUGCAAUCCGGUGCUUUGGUAUAUUUGCUGGAACUGCGAUUUUGGUGAAUUAUGUCUUAAUGAUUACCUGGUUGCCAGCUGUUGUGGUCCUGCAUGAACGCUACCUGCUGAACAUAUUCGACUGCUUCAAAAAACCUCAGCCGCAGGCCUACGACACUAAAAGUUGUUGGAUUCUGCUGUGCCAAAAACUCCGCAAUUUGACCUACGCGAUCUCGGAAGCUUCCAGGAUAUUAUUUGAGAAAGUGUUGCCUUACAUAGUCAUCAAAUUCCGAUAUAUAUGGCUGUUUUGGUUCUUGGCCAUCACUGUGGGAGGAGCCUACGUUGUGUGUGUGAACCCAAAAAUGAAAUUGCCCUCGCAAGAGAUUUCCGGUUUCCAGGUUUUACGAUCGUCCCACCCGUUUGAACGCUACAUUGCGGAAUACAAGAAGCUGUUUAUGUUUGAGCGGAUCCGCAGCUCUGACGAGCGCCACAUGUCAGUCAUGAUCAUUUGGGGCAUUAAGCCACUGGACAAUGGAGAUCCUCUUAAUCCGAACGAUAAGGGCAAUCUGACCGUGGACAAUGAAUUUAACAUUUCGAGUCCGGCCUCGCAAGCUUGGAUGUUAAAUUUUUGCAAAAAGAUUCGAAACCAGACGUUCAUCAUUCAGACCGACGAGCAGGAUAUCACCAGCUGUUUCAUCGAGACCUUCAAACGGUGGAUGGAAAGCCGAGACUGCGACGAAGCAGCGGCGUACCCGUGUUGCAACCAGUUCACGUUCCCAUACAAAGCAGAGGAUUUUGAACUCUGUUUAAAGAGAGCCAUUAUGCAGCUCGACACUACGAGUUUCAGUCUCAACAGAGACACCCCUGGCCCGAGGUUUGACCUAAAUGAUACCAUCCGAGCAGUCAUCUUAAACUUCCAGAGCUCAUACUUUUUUCUCCUAACGUAUGACAAAAUGGAUCAGUUCUUCAAAGAAGUGGACACUUGGGUCAAGGAGGAGUUGAAGACGGCCCCCGAGGGGUUGCGGAACGGCUGGUUUGUGUCAACUGACUUGCUGUUCUAUGACCUGCAGGGCAGCUUAUCACAUGGAACCAUGGUUGCAAUGGGGCUGUCUGUGACCGUUGCUUUUAUUGUAAUGCUUCUUACUACCUGGAAUAUCGUAAUAAGUCUUUAUGCUAUUAUCUCCAUUACCGGGACCAUUUUUGUCACCGUGGGCUCUUUAGUGCUUCUGGGCUGGGAGCUGAAUGUGUUGGAGUCGGUCACCAUCUCGGUUGCCGUAGGACUUUCGGUGGACUUUGCUGUUCACUACGGUGUGGCCUAUCGCCUUGCACCUUACCAUGAUAGAGAUCGCAAAGUACGCUUCUCGAUAAGCCGAAUGGGAUCCGCAAUCGCCAUGGCUGCUCUGACGACCUUUGUGGCGGGUGCACUCAUGAUGCCUUCAAACGUCUUGGCUUACACCCAGUUGGGAACCUUCAUGAUGCUGAUCAUGUGCAUUAGCUGGGCCUUUGCCACAUUCUUCUUUCAGUGUAUGUGCAGGUGUAUCGGCCCACAAGGGAACUGCGGUCAGAUCCCCCUGCCAAAAGUAUUACAAUGCCAGGCUUUUUUGCACAAUUCAACGGCACAGUCUCCCAAGAGCCAGACCAGCUUGUGCAACUCUAGCAAAUGUCCUGUGGAUUCCAAACAUGGAGAAAUGGAACAUCAUGAGCAUUAUGAACUGAAGCCUUUGUCGCCCCACGGCUGUAGUGCAGUCGAGAAGAUAAUGUGUGAAGAAACGCAGGUAAGCUCCAGGCUGCUGAAUGGCAGACAUCACCAUAGAUGUGUCCAUUUACCUCCAAGUACGUGUGAACCCUAUGAAAGUUGCCCACACAUUAAGGAUGUCCAGACUUGCUCUGAACCAAGACCCGCAGGUCAGUAUUCUGUUAAUCAGACCUGCCGGGGUGUGGAGUCCUAUCACUGUGUAAGGAAACCAUGGAAUUCCCAUAAUUGUCAGCAGUUAGGAGACGGCAUCACUUCCCUGGCGAAACCCCUGAAUGCCGAUGGUCCGGUGUCAACGCUGGAUGCCCUGCACCCGUCGGUGGACUGCUGCCUGCGCCACAUUCAGCACUUCCACUGCAGUCUUCCUCCGUGUUUCCAAGACAAGAUGGCGAGGCAUGCCGUUCCAAAAAAUAUCUUGCCCAAUUAUUGUGUGCAUUCGGUACAUCAGCUGGCACACAAAAAGGAAAGAUUCUGCACACAUGAACCACCGAGUUUACAGGGUACUGAGGACAGUAGGAUCCACUUGGACUGUGGUGCAGCGGUCACCAUGGUAAAGCCAAGCCAUGGCCUUUCAACCUCUCCGAAGAGUGUGGGUCAAGAUGUUGACAGAACUGGAGAGGAUAAAAGUUCCCAGAACCAAAAACUAAAUGACAACGAGCCAUUCCUCACAGACCAUGGCACCGGCAGGACAGUGGGGCAAAACUUAACAAAGCAGUGCAUGGAACCAAGAAGUGUCACUCACGAGGAUGUUCACACUCCACAUGUCACCCCUCCAGAAACGAUGACUUUGUCCUGCUUGGAAACGUCGCAGAGUUUUAGUAGAACUUUAAAAGUCAAGUGCAAUUCUCAGAUGCCAAAUUCUGAUGCCAGUGUGCCUGCUGUAUUACAAUCUACUACUGAAAGUUUAUGUUAAUAAAAUCUCCUUCAUAUAAAGUGUCCCUUUUCAAUUAAUGCUUGAUAAAUUCAGUGACCAAGGUGAUGCCGCUACUUUCCUGUUUUAUCAACAUUUAUUGAAAGGAAAGCUGAUCUUCACAGAUUGGAAACCUUAAGGUGGUCAGGUCAGUGUACUUGUCAAACAUGAAUUCCAAAGGUGAUACUCUGUCAGCUGCACUUCAUUUUAAAGCUGGGCAAAACCCCAAAUAUUUUAAAGUUGUUAUGGAGAUUAUCAGGUGUUUCAGGUUUAUGCCAAUUGUGUUUCACUCUUAACCAUAGGGUAUGAAAUUUACCUAAGAUAAUGAGAUUGUUAUUGAGAAUAAAGGCAAUUACUCCAUCGGGCAGAUUGUAAUGUGAGAAAAGCGUUGCCGAGAGUCAUUGUAAAUUUUCCAGAUGACGUGUCCUAUACGGGUUAAUGAUUUUUGCAUCUUUUAUCUUGGAGAAUCUUGCUGCACUUGAGAAUCCAAACCUCCCUCAAACAGCACUUGAUUUGCUCCUGUGCAGCCACAGGAUGAUCUUCCAGUCACGUUCCUCUUCCCUCCAGGUGGGAACCUCAACCCCUUACAUUUAGUGGAACCUGGAGGAUGGUAAACGUGGCCGCCAAGUACCAAGUAAGUGGUGGCAGCCCUCAUUUUUAGGACUUUCUGUUUGACCGGGUAAGUAAUUUCAAUAGCACCAUAGCUGUAAUAUCAAUCCAGUAUGCCCGAUGUGUGCCAGCAUGGAAAACCAUUUAAAUGAGACAUCUGUUCUACCAAGCUCACAUUAAUUUGGUAAAGAAAUAUGGCUACAAUAAGGUAAGCAAUGGUUAAGGAAGGAACUCCUCAUUUAAUGAACUGGUUCAUUUUAGUUGACCGAUUUAGCUCUUAGUUGAUUUCCCAGAAUUCCAGGCGAUGGUUAUUUAAGCAAACACAGUAUUUCUAUUAAAUGUCCUGGCACUACUCGAUAGAAAAUAGAAAAUUCUUUUUAACUGUGUUCUGAUAAUGGAGACACUAAACAAACGGUUUUACUGAUUCGGCUUGCUAAUGGGGGGGCGCAUUGUCAGGUUUUAAAUUGAAGUACAGCUGCGGAAAAACUAAUUUCAUUUUUUGUAAAAGGGAAUACACAGUGAAAUACAUGUUGGAUGUAGUUAAGUUAUAUCAAAUUGUAAAAUAAAAGCAUAUUUUUUAUGAAAGCUUUAGAAAAGAGAAAUAAAAUGUAUAAAUAAUUACUUUGGAA